CCAAACUUUUUCUUUCAGUUGCACUCGACGAGUUAUUCCUAGUGGAUUGUGUGUGCGUUUGACGGUGCCAUAAUAUAUAAGAUUUAUAUUCGAAUACUGGGGGUCGAAGUUUAUAUUUCUAUAUAUUUCGAAGCGUAUUCUCUAGAUAAGUGGUGUUGUGUAGUUGAGAUGUUGUCUAGAUAGAUAAAUUUGUUUGAUUAUAUUUCCUUUGAUCACGGGGAUCCGUUCGUGCUUGACCAAAUGGAAUCUAAAAGUAAUAACAUGGACCAAAGUGAAAGUAGCGAUACAGAUUUGAUUCUUCGAAAGCCGACCGGAAAAUAGUAUAUAACGUACGUGUAUACUAACCACACGAUGAUUGUGUACGAUUGUGUAUACCACCUCUGAAAAAGCUAAUAAAACAAAACCUGUUUUUCACUUCAGUAAAGGUUUUAUAAAAUAAAUAUUGUUUUGUGCGAUAAACGUCUUUUCGGUGUUGUGCAAUUUUUAAUUCGUAAACUAAAAGUUUUUCACGAAAAAAUUGUUUCCAGUUGAAAUUAUUCCAGUGUUUUCUUAACUGGGUGAUGCAAAACGAACCUUCAGAAAAUAUGAUUCGGUUCGUAUGUGUUUCUUAACGAAAUUCUGUGCACAUUAAAAUUCAAACUGGAUACUUUGCUGCUGUAUUGAAGAAGAAUAAAAAUCUACCGAAAAUGAACGGAGUAACGGCUAUGGAUGAAAACGGAGAAGAUAUCAAAAGUCCGAUUAAACGACUUGGAUCUACUAGGAAACUGUUAAUAUUCAAUAAUAUUCGACUACAGUUGAACGAACAGUUAAGAUGUCUCGAUGUGCGAAUGGAGUCUCAAGUUUCCCUAAUCCAAGAACUGCAAGAUUUCUUCCGAAGGCGAGGAGAGGUCGAAUUGGAUUACAGCAAAUCCUUGGACAAAUUAGCUAAGAGUUUACUUCUAAGACAUAAGGAACAGAAACAAAAGCGAGAACAAUGGCCAAUGUUCUCCUCAUACGCAUGCUGGCAGCAGUUGGUUAACCAAACAAAAUCCCUGUCUAAAGAUCAUGCUGCACUGUCGGAAAUCUACUCAACACAUCUCGUGGUCAGACUACAAACUGUGAUUGAGGAUGUACAACGAAUUUAUAAAAAGUGCCGAGAAAUUGGUUAUGAAACGCACGAGGAAAUAUUGAGAGUAUUACAGGAAUUACACACAACUAUGAAAACGUAUCACAGUUAUCAGACUGAAUGCAAAGCAGCUGAAACUAAAUUACGUACCGCUGAAACGCAACGUAUGAAAUUGCAACAAACGAUUCCAAAAGAAAAGUUAGAGCGAAGUAAAAAGUACAGACUGAUUGAAAAGGAAAUGCUCAAACGCAAAAAUAAGUACUCCGAUGCAAGACUGAAAGCCUUAAAGGCUAAAAAUGAAUAUCAAUUGUGUUUGGAAGCAUCAAAUACGACGAUUCACAAAUAUUUUGUAGAAGAUCUUAGCGAUUUAAUCGAUUGCAUGGAUUUGGGAUUUCAUUCCAUGGUCUCCAGGGCACUACUAAUGCAUGUCACAGCCGAUCAGGGUCGAUGCCGGGCUGUCUUACACAAUGCCGACAAUUUGUCGCACAUUGUCCAGUCAAUGGAUAGUCCGGCCGACAAACAAAAAUUCCUAGCCCAACAUCACGCAGCAUUUAUGAUACCGAAACGAUUGGAAUUUCAAGGUCAGGUGAGCGAUGAUACCGUCGAACCGGAACUGCAAAAGGCACUUCACUCGGAAAUGGAAGCACGACUGCAACACUUGGGCCAGCGUGUCAGCAAUUUACGCACAGAAUCGGAAGAAAUUUGGAAAACAUUGGAAACGGCUGAGAUAAAUUUGCUGGAAAUAUUGAACACGAAGGACUAUGAUAGUAGCAGCCAUUUCGGUGACUCAACCACGCAGUCUGCCAAACCGGAAAGUCUGACAAUAAAACUGAAAGCUGAUAAACAGGAAAUUGAAGAAUUUUAUAUAACCAAAAUUCGAGAAUACAUACUAGGCACAUCACGAAUAGCUCGUCUCGACGCAAAAGCAGAACUACUGCGAAAUGCCCUGGCCAAGGAUUCGGUGAACCACAGUAACACUUUAGUAAAAUCGAAUGUGCCAAAGCGGAAGCGCAUUGGACGUAUGAAUAUGACCGGACAUCCGAAAUUGUUUGGCGGAUCGCUGGAAGAAUAUUUGGAAGUCACCUGUGAAGAGAUUCCAUUGAUCAUGCGCAGUUGCAUUAGGGUUAUUAAUUUAUAUGGCUUACAUCACCAAGGAAUUUUCCGGGUUUCUGGAUCUCAAGUGGAAAUAUCCAAUUUCAGAGAAGGUUUUGAGAGAGGUGAAGAUCCGCUGGCUGAUACAACGGACGCAUCUGAUAUCAAUUCGGUUGCUGGUGUGCUGAAAUUGUACUUACGGGAAUUGCGUGAACCACUGUUUCCAAUCAUCUACUUUGAUCAUUUUGUGACAUUAGCCCAACUAGAAUCGAAGCAUGAACUGGUGCUGGGAAUAAGGAAGUUUUUGCAAAGUCUACCGAGAUCCGUUAUCAUUGUCAUUCGCUAUUUAUUCGCAUUUCUGAACCAUUUAUCGGAAUACUCGGACGAAAACAUGAUGGACGCAUACAAUUUAGCCAUUUGUUUCGGCCCGACACUGAUGCCAGCCCCGGAAGAUAAAGACCAAGUCCAAUAUCAGAAUCAAGUCAACGAAUUGAUUAAAAACAUGAUCGUUUUCCAUGCCGAUCUAUUCCCCAAAGAUCUGGGUGGUUUUGUAUACGAGAAAUACAUUUCACAGGAACCGUUCGAUUGUGAUGUGGGCGAUUCGCCGACCGAUCAAGUAACUGAAGAUCCCGAUUCCGAGGUGUAUCCAAGUGAAGAUGAAUCGGAUACAAUGGAAGCAACAGCACAAUUUGAUUUUAAUGCUCGAUCUAAUCGAGAACUAUCGUUACGUAAAGGAGAUCUGGUUACACUUAGAAAGCAAGUAUCGAACGACUGGUGGCAAGGAACGGUUAAAGGGAAAGAUGGCCUGGUCCCGGACAAAUAUAUUUCGUUGAAGAUAAAAGACGAAGAUCGUGAUAAGGAUCACUUGAAAUCAUCCAGUUCGGAGGAAUCGGUGCGCAAACGACGUCCCAGCGGCACAAUAUCGGUAAAAAGUCAACUGUCCGUUUUCUCGCAAAAUUCCCAUCCAACCGAAACGGAUUCGACGCCAUCAACAAACCACCAAAAAUCCCACCACCAACAACAACCACUGAAUGAUAAAAUUGAAAACACUUCGAACGCCGCGCCGCCGACCUCAAACAAUAUUCCCAUUCCAAAUAAACAGUUGAUCGAAAGUGAUUUUCACUAUGAAGUCGUGGACAAUGUGAAAAACAAGUACAAUUAUCACGACGAGCCACAUUCGUUCGAAAAUUCGAUGGAAUUCUUGGAGGAUUAUAAUCACUUUCAGUUUGAGACCAAAAAACCAUCAGAACCAAUCUACGCCGAGCCCAGCAAAAAUCCGCAACCAGUCGCAUCCAAUUCAAAUUCAUCGUCCUUGCAUUUCGAGGAAUAUGACGGCGUUACAUUUCGCAAUCCACCACAAGCGUCCACCCCGUUGACCGUAGCCACGGUUCAAGCGAAUCGGAAAAGCGAAAAUAUUCGAAGCGAUCCGAGUGCAACCGCUGACAGUCCCGGGAAAGAGGACGAGAAAAAUCGCCAUUCCGAUAGUCAACUGUUAAAAGAUGUUGAAAGUCAACCGGACGACGGUACCAGUCGACCGACUCGAAAGUAUCAUUCGAAGAGUUUUAGUUUGUCGGAAAAUCGAAUUGCUGCAGCCGGAUCGAAUUUGUUCCAUCAGAAUCGUGAAUUGUGGGAAAAACGAGCUGAAUUGCAAUCGCAACAAACUUUGCCGACGACUCGAAUUUUAUCACGAAAUCGAAUUGCGCCAGACCUCGUAAUGGACUUACCAUUUCCGGUAAGCAAAGAUUGUCCGACACGUAGUUCCAGAGAUUCGUUAGACAUCGAUGCGGAAGAUUUGACCUCAGCCGAACGUUUUGCGGCACCGAAUCAAUGUACGCUAAAGAAGAACGAACGCUUUUCAAACGACUCGUACGAGUCCAAGAAAGAAGUGAAAUUGGACUACAAAGGAACAGACAAACCGAAAGCGGAAGUGAAACCACAAGAGAUUACCGUGAAUACGGACAUCGGCGAAGAUGGCCAGCGCAGUUCGACAGAUCGAAAUAAAUUCGACGAUGUAUUGCAUAUUGACGAGGAACCAUCCAAGGAAUUACAGAAAAGUCCCAUACCGGCGAGGAACACAAAGAAAUUCGUGACGCAAUUUGCUGAUAUGAAAUUGACUGGUGGAUGUUUGAGUUCCACCGAAGCACCUCCCAGCAACAACGGUCCGCCACCACAACAAACGCUCAGCUCUUUUAAGCCACAAGUGAAAGUCAAACCGCAAUUGAUGAAAAAGCCAUUAGUGUUACCGCCCACAACACCGGAAAUGAGCCGUCGAAGUCAUGAUUAACUUGUCGUCGCUCACAUUUAGGACAUUCAUUUUAGGAUUCAGUAAUUCUUUGGACUCGGUGUCGAACUCUGUUUGAGUCUUCAUUCGUUUUUUUUGUGAUUUUUUUAUUAUUAUGAAACUUUCGUUAAACUUAAGAUUUAGUUACUGUAACCAAAGUGAAGCACAAUUUGCUCCCAAAUAAAUUUAUUAUAAGAUUUCGAUGAUUCGGACGAUUAAUACGUGUGAUUGCUCAUUCAUCUUGAAUAAUGUUCCGUUGAAAAUAUUCUCAUCAUUAACAUACGUAACCGAAACCAAGCAAACAACAAAUUGAUGUGAACCGGUGAGACGGAUUUAUUAGUUUAUAAAAUUGUAAAAACAAAACCAAAUAUGAAAAUGCUCUCAUUGACAAAACAAAAGGAAACACCAACUUAUUCUAGUGAAUACAAGUAAAUUUUAAAUAAAGACUGGGGGCGAUGUGUGU